UUCCAACGAGUUCCCACCCCUCUUUCUUUCCUAUUUCUACUGUUCUUGCAAUCGACCACAACUUCCAAAUUCUCAUUGAAAACCUCAAAAACUCCCAAAUCAACAGAUUUCAUAACAUAAUCCAUCAAAAUGGUUAAAGCAGUCGCUACCGUCCGAGGUGACUCCAAGAUCUCCGGUACCGUUACCUUUGAGCAAUCCGAAGAGAACUCUCCAACUACCAUCACAUGGAACAUCACCGGAAACGAUGCCAAUGCUGAGCGUGGCAUGCACGUUCAUCAAUUCGGUGACAACACUAACGGCUGCACAUCUGCCGGUCCUCAUUUCAACCCACACGGUCAGACCCACGGUGCUCCCACCGACGAGGUUCGCCAUGUAGGUGAUCUUGGAAACUUCAAGACUGAUGCCCAAGGAAAUGCUACUGGUUCCGUUCAAGACAGUCACAUUAAGUUGAUUGGUCCAUUGAGCGUCAUUGGCCGUACCGUUGUUGUCCACUCCGGAACUGAUGAUCUCGGUAAGGGAGAGAACGAAGAGUCCAAGAAGACUGGUAACGCCGGAACCAGACCAGCUUGUGGUGUCAUUGGUAUUGCUGCAUAAAUGGUGUAGCACACAAAAUGGUAUGAAACGAAAUGAUAUGAUCUGAUGAACAUGGAAAAGGGGUAUGAAUAGUAUAGCUUAGUUUGCCUGCUGUGUCUAGUUUCAACAGAAAAGCAGUCGUUUUACUCCACUGAUUUUGGUCAACUUAUGAUUUAUGAAUUAUUGAAGCGAAUAGAAAAAAGCUAUGUUCAUCUCAGCUCCGAAGUCAAUGAUUGUGUGGUAAGC